GCCGGACAGGGAACCGAUGCCAACUUCACGCUCCGCAACCGAGUGGACGGACAGGGAGUGGAGAUCCGGUACGACAUGUAUAACCCGACCAUUCGUGAGAUACAAGUGUUGAGACUCGAGAAACGACUGGAUCCGCAUCUGUUGUAUCUUCGGGACGCUUUGCCCGAAUUCAGUCAUUUCCCAUUCGACAUGACUCCGGAACCGCUGCCGGCGGGCGCAGAGGUGCCGGUGAAUGGGGUGCGAGUGGUGAUGAAGAAGUGGCCAUGGACGCGCAAGUGGGAGGGACACGAUCUCGAGGGCAUCGCACAGUUGACAGAUCUGCCCGACUGGCAGUAUAUCAACAAAUGGCGCAAAAAGAACUCAUACGAGAAGUACGACCUCAUGAAGGAAUACAGGGAACACAUCCCCGAAGAGGAACAGAUGGAGAUCUGGCAACAAGUGAAGGAACAUAAGGACAAUAUCGCUGACGUGCGCGCCGUUGAAAGACGUAAGAAAUUACUGCAACAAACCGGCAAAAAGACAUAA